AUGAACCCAGAUUAUCACUACCUCUUCAAGCUCUUACUCAUUGGUGACAGUGGUGUAGGAAAGAGUUGUCUACUUCUUAGAUUCGCUGAUGACACAUACUCAGAAAGCUUCAUCUCUACCAUUGGUGUCGACUUCAAAAUAAGAACUAUCGAGUUGGCCGGCAAGAUUGUCAAGCUACAGAUUUGGGAUACAGCUGGACAGGAGCGUUUCCGUACCAUCACCAGCAGCUACUACCGUGGUGCCCACGGAAUCAUCGUUGUGUACGACGUUACAGACAGAGUGACCUUUGACAACGUCAAGCAAUGGCUGUCAGAGAUUGAUAGAUUCGCUUGCGAGAGCGUCAACAAGCUGUUGGUCGGCAACAAGAGCGAUCUCGUCGCCAAGAAGGUCGUUGACUACAACACCGCCAAGGCUUUCGCUGAUGAGCUCAACAUCCCCUUCCUUGAAACCUCUGCCAAGCAAUCCACCAACGUCGACCAAGCAUUCACUACCAUGGCCACUGAAAUCAAGAAUAGAUUGACUGCUUCUCAACCAACCGCUGUCAACAACACUGCCAAGAUUGUCCCAGGAUCGUCAGCACCAAUUCAAACCAAGAGUGGAUGUUGUUAA